GCGGCAGCAUCAACAGCUUGUGCACUUCUUGCCACGUGCCACGUGUCCCCCCAACACCAGGAAGAACCACAAACACCAAGCAGCAUGGGUCGCCGUGAGAUAAAGCGCUCCAACACCAGUGGCUCCACCACCAGAUCCUACGACAGCGGCAGCGCAACCACAAAUUUUGUUGGGAAAUUCACACAGAGUGUGCGUCGGAUCGUUCAGGAUGUGAAGGACGAGGGAGCGCCGAGUGGAAUGACACGGGACGAGGUAAUCGAAACCAAUGAAAGGCUGCGCUCGCUCCGACUACGAUUGGAGGAGUCCUACGAGACGGCCAAGAAGGCGCUCAUUAACCUCAUGAACAAAUACGGCGACUCCAAAAGCCAGCGCAACAUGUUCCAGCGCUAUCCGAUGCUCAAGUUGAUGAUUAAGGAAGUCAUUCGCCUGGAGACCCAGUACUGGACCCUGGUGGACAUACCGCGUCAGGAGAAGCAGGAGACUGUGCCCUCGUACGUGAUGCGCGCCUGUUCGAUCAUGGAGAAGACCCAGAAGUCAGGUGAGGGUGUGAAAACGUCGGCCAAACUAGCCGACGAGGCGGCCGAGCGGCGGGAGCGGAUGGAGCGAUUGGAACACAUGACAACGGCUCAAAUCGAACUCGAGAACACACAGCUGAUAAACGAUUUGUAUCGCUUGCUGAAAAAGUAUCUGGGGCUGCGGCAUCUCAUCCGAGUACUAAAGGAAGAGUACGGCAGCUCAAAGAUGUAUCCGAUAUUUCCACGCUACACAAUGCUCAAGGACAUGAUAAAGGGCAUCAUGCACGACCCCGACUACAUGGAGGUGUGUCACGAAACGCUGGCCAACGCCAACUGAGCCGAGGCCACCGGAAAUGGCAGGCGUCGCAUGAGUGUCAUUUGAGAGGGGCCCAAAACUAAUACAAAUACAAACAGCAGCAUACACAGGCGCAGGACCUAGUGGGAGCAGGAUGGAGUCCAAGUACUGAUCCGUGUGUAUGCUGAAUUCGCAUGCGAGUUUCUGCCAUUCCGGGAUGAUUUAGAAAAUGUUAAGCAACUUCAUUGAGGCUCCUUGCCCGCGAGUGUGUGCGGGCGAGUGAGUAAAACCAAUCCUUUUCGGUAAUUUUAGCCCAUACUCAAAGGCAAACCAAGACAAACUAAUCAAACAACUAACUAACAAACUACACCCGAACCCCACCACCUACCACUAACUACCACCAACUACCACCAACUACCACCAACUGAACAUGUAACUAUUUACACUACUCAACAAUGAACAAACACUUGAAUACUCUCCGGUACCAGAGUGCCAGCAAACAAACUAAAAGGCAUUUAUUUUAAUGAACUUUUGAGAUAAAUACAAACAAACCAACAAGCAAACAUACCUACAAGAUGUCAAAACAUCCGACAACAUAUAUUGUAUGUAUAUGUAAUGAUGAAUUGAAUAAUUGAAAGAAUCGCUCAAGAUGUUACACGAUGAAAAGCAUUCUGAAGUAAAGCCUAACCGAAAAUAUGUGUGUAACUUGUGUGUAAUAGGUACAGUAAACUGAAAAUUAUAUACAUAUGUACAGAUGUGUGUACCCCCCUAUAUGUAAUAAGCAAGAUAUACAUAUGUAUAUGGGAAAUAAUACAGCUAACUACAGCAACAGCAUGGAUUGCAAGCUGGCUAAUCAAUUUCCGGAUAGAUUUAAUCUUUGGUUCGGCUUGAAUUGGCCUCAAUUUUCUACUUUAAAGCGAACUGGUUGAUUAGCCGCUGGCAGAUUUUUUAACUGCAUAUAUAUAUAUAUGUAUUAGUUACCUAGUUAGACAAUAUGCGGGAAAUAUUCCCAAUUGAUGUGAGCGAGUACGAUAGCUCGUUACACCUUUUAAGGCAACACCAAUCCGUGGAGACAUGGAGCAGCCAAUAUCCUAGAUCUUAACGAAUGUUAACUCUUGAUUUUGUCGAAUAUUUUUAGUAAGAAGCAAAUGCUUUUAGUGUGUAUUAAACGUUCAGCUUUAAAUCAGUCCUAUGCAACUCGCAACGCAACCAAAAAACCCAGAUACAAUUACACAAAUACUAUAUAUGUAUGUAUAUCCACAUCUGCACACUCAGAGGCAUUGCUUAAUGUGUGCGCGAGUAUUUUUAAGGUUUAACAGAGAUAGACAUAUGUAUGUGUAUGUAUUUAUUUAUGUGUUGUUGUAACUACCAUGUGUGUAGCUUUGUAACACAAUCCAAUCCCUAACCAACCGAAGGACACAACGCAAACACUCGAGCACAAAAGACCAAAGAAAAACCUAGACGAGCUUACAACUUUAUACGAGAGCUAGCAGUUCACAAUUCACAAUUU